CGAUACAAGCUCGUCGGGCAGCAUUCGGUAUGCGACCGCUUGGAAGUACAGUUCUCAUAAAAUCGAUAGAAUUAUGAUAUAACCUCAAAAACUACAAAGUUACACACCCAUUCUCGUAAAGAAAAUCAUGUGCUAUAGUGCUUUCUGCCGGACUAGUGAUAUAUCUUAGUUGUUAGUGUCUACUGUAGUGCCUAUAUUUGGGAUUAAGUGCUCUUACUGUCAAAAUGUUUGGUUGUUUGAGAAGCCGCGGCCCGCUACGAAUUAGAUAGACUGAAUUCUUCAACUGGGCAUGGCACUCGCCUGCAAUGUUAGGCUGUAACACGAUAUGUCCCAACUGCAAGCACCAGUUCCAGUGCUGCUCACCGUUCCAGGCAUGCUGCAACGUGCGUCGCUCUCUGCACGUGCUCAGCGGCGGCGGGUUGGUGGCGGCGCUGACGCCGCCGGCGAACGCCUACCCCUCGCCCCAGGUGUCGCCGAGCAUGCCGCUAGCCUUCAUCCUGCCCCCCUUCGCCUCGCCCCUGCACUCCGGCCCGUCGUUCCUCGACGGCAAGACAGUGUCGGACCUAAAAGUCCUCUCGGAUACCGUACAGGUUCUGCGCCAAUCCGGCUGGUACUACGAGGGCAUCAGCUACCAGCACGGGCAUGAACUGUUGAAGGACACCGCCAUCGGUACGUUCCUAGUGCGCGACUCCUCCGACCCCAGGUUCCUGUUCUCGUUGAGUGUGCAGACUGAGCGCGGUCCCACCUCGGUGCGGAUCUUCUACUUGAACGGCUUCUUCAGGCUGGACGCCCAGCCUCACCUCCAAUCCGCCAUGCCCGUAUUCCCCUCCAUCAUCGAUCUGGUGCAGCACUACAUCCGACAGAGUAAGCUGUACAAAGAAAAUGCUCAAGUGUGGGUAGACCCGCAAGGCAAGUGGUACUCCUCCAUCCUGCUGAAGAAGCCGCUGAGGAAGAUGCCGGAGCCGCCGAGCCUCAAGCACUUCGCCAGACUCACCAUACACCGGGCCCUGGAGGCCUCGGCCGUGCCCAAGCUGGCCAUGCUGCCGCCGCCACAUACUCAACUGGAACUACCCACUUCACUUACUGCGUACUUGUCGGAGUACUCUUACUCCUUCUGAGUAGCACCAAAGACUGGUUGGUACCUAUACAUACCGACAUCAGGGAACACCAUUAAAGUAUUCUAAAUGCGCCUGACGGGCGCUUAGUUAGAUAGGAUAACAAAUUACCAAUAUCUCUUCUGUUUGUUAAUCUGAGAUUUCGACCCGGUAGUUCAUAUGAAUCGGUUAGGUCGCGCGUGCGCGCGUAACCUCAAAAAAUAACGACAGUCGCAGUUCAGUCACGUACGCAGUUCCGCUAAAAUGAAUCUCAACAGCCAGGGGAACUUGCUAAACUCUGUUGAAACGAAGGAGCAACUCAGAUGGUGGUUACCAAAGAUUUAUUAUUAUUUAACGUAUGGUCAACUUACCAACUUCAUAUCGUUUAACGUUCAUCCCUCUUCCAUUAAUUUGUGAUCCGUGAUCCUACUAUGUUACAUGUUGAUGCUUGAAGGUUCCUUUAGUUAGUAUAGAGUUACCAGUUUUGGAAAAGCCUAGAGUCUAAUUGUUCACAUCGUCCUAGUUUAAUUAAUGUCCCGUUCACGUAGACCGUUCAUAUGAAAUCCAGUGUUGCCAGCGCUCUCAAACGUACAGUGCUGCAUUUACAUUUAGUAGAUUUUUUCAAUUGUCGAGACUAAAAACUCUCGAUCCGUGCAGUUGUGACUUUCCGGCUCUGGCAGCAUUGCAGAAAUCGAGCUAGAUUGUAAUAAAGUAGAAUAAUACUUGCGAAUCGUAAGCCACAUUGGCUACAGUUGGGAAAUUGCAUGUCUCGUUGUCUAAAUGUCCUGUACUAUAUUUUGUAUUCGUAGUGAUGAGGCAGGUUAAAAUUUGUAUGGUAUCUUAAAAGUUAAUAUUAAGUCUUGUUCUCAUUUAUUUAUUAGCCGUUAUUUGUAGGUAUGUGCCAAAUUUGUGGUCGUUAUUAAUAAUUACUGUUAAUCUAAAAUCGAAUAAGGUAAAUUCGGCAUGUGCUGCCAGUGAAAUUUCAUGUUCAUGUAAAUUGGGGAAACAGCCUUGAUUAUAUUUUUUUAAUUUUAUAGAGUUCAAUUUUCUGGAAUGAAAUUUCUAGUCCGAUGGAUAUUUUCGUGUUAGUUUUAAAUAAAUAAAUGGAUGAUUUAUCGUGCAGUUUAGAUAAAUGCCCGUCGAGAUUAACAAACAGAAUAAAAAGUAUAAUCGUGAAUGUAUUUAUAUACUGUAAACUUUGCGUGAAUGAGAUUGUGUGUCUGUCUUAGUUAAAAUGUAUUUAUUACUAGGAAAAUAUUAAAUUAUUUAUUAUUAA